AUGGCUACGAAUACAACCGAUAACGGCAGCAUUCCCUGUAUGAUGCAGGAAGCCUGGCCGGAAGGUCCAACAUACUGGGAUUUUCUACGCUACAAUCGGCUUAUUGUCCUCUCUGUUCUCGGAAUACCGGUGUGUGUGGUUGGUAUAGUAACCAGCGGUCUUAGUAUCUGCAUGUUCUCUCAAGACAAGACAACGCCGCGAACCACUCGUAAGAUUCUGAUCGUCUUAUCUGUGGUUGAUGUCCUGUACCUCCUUCUCUCCCUGCUCAUUUUCCAACCAAUGACUUUUUGUGGUCCAGAGUGUGCGUUGCAAUUGCCUCUUUUAGCAGCCAUAAUUGUUCCGCUCGGCAAUAUUCUCGAAUGCUUCCGGAAUUGGUUGAAUGUACUGAUUGGCGUGGAACGCUUCCUUGUCAUCAGCUUUUCAGUUCGCAGCAAAGUGUUGUGGACUGGGAGGAUAACUAACGUCCUUUUAGUUGCCUUUUUCGGAUUUUCCAUCCUUGUUCGACUUCCAGUCAUCUCAUUUAUAGUAAUCAACAAGGUGAGACCAGAGUUGUCGGAUGUGAAGGCGUGGGUUGCACAAAUGCACUCUUUCACCGAUGCUAUCCUGGUCUUUUUAGUCCCCUUGCUAAGUCUCAUGUUCUGCAGUGUGCAGAUUGCACGUGCUCUGCGGCAAUCGGAUCAUUUCCGGCGGAAACAGCCGGAACAGAAGAUAUUCGCGCAAACUGAGGUCAACGAAGAAAGCUCCGCCUGCAAUAAUGCGCGUCGCAUUAAACUAACCCGCGGCCUCCUCAUGGUCAUCGUCACCUUCACUCUCUUCAUGCUGCCUCUUAGUUUACUUCAGGUACUUUCACUGCUUAUAUUGCGUCAGCCUACCUGUGUCUGCAUGGUCACUCUUCAAGCCUGCUCCUAUGUGGUGGCACUGGGCUGUCAGAUAAACUCGACGGCAAACUUUUUUGUCUACAUUCUCUACUGGGGCAAGUACCGGAGGAUGCUUAAGCGGAUGCUGUGUUACCAAUACGCGAAACAAACACUGUCACUUAAAAGGAGAGCGUACUAG